AUGGCUUGGUGGCUGACGAAUCGGUAUCGGGCCAUUGUGGUGGCCAUCACCUUUCUAUGCCUUACCGCCAUUAAUUCCAACUACAUCAUUAUCAAUUUCACGUUUAUUUGUAUGGAUAGCGACAUGAGUCAUGUGGUAGAGGAUGGAAAUGGCACCCUCAUCUCCCGAUACUCCUACGAUCCUUACCAAAAAAGUUUGCUGGUAUUUGCCGUCGGAGCCGGAAGCGUUUUUGGAACCCUGCCUUUCAAUUUUGGCUUCAUCCGAUGGGGGGCAAAG